GUGCACCAGGAAGGAGCGGUGUGAGCGCUCCAGCGAGCCUCGGAGAUUUGCCUCGGAGAUGAAGCAGUGCGUCCGGCUUACCGUGCAUCCCAACAACAUCUCCGUCUCCCAGUACAACGUAUUGCUGGUCUUGGAGACCUACAAUGUCCCUGAGCUGUCAGCGGGAGUCAAUUGCACCUUCGAGGACCUUUCGGAGAUGGAUGGCUUGGUGGUGGGCAGCCAGAUCCAAUGCAUCUCUCCAGCUGCCAAAGAGGUGCCCCAGAUCAUCACAGAGAACGGAGACCAUCACAUUGUCCAGCUUCAGCUCAAGUCCAAAGAAACGGGUAUGACCUUUGCCAGCACCAGCUUCGUCUUCUACAACUGCAGUGUCCACAACUCGUGUCUGUCAUGCGUGGAGAGCCCUUACCGGUGUCACUGGUGCAAGUACCGCCACGUCUGCACUCACGACCCCAGCUCCUGCUCCUUCCAGGAGGGACGAGUCAAGCUGCCCGAGGACUGUCCCCAGCUGCUGCAGGCAGAGAAGAUCCUGGUGCCGGUGGAGGUCAUCAAGCCGAUCACGUUGAAGGCCAAGAACCUGCCCCAGCCGCAGUCGGGCCAGCGAGGCUACGAGUGCAUCUUGAACAUCCAGGGCAAUGAGCAGCGGGUGCCCGCCUUGAGGUUCAACAGCUCCAGCGUGCAGUGCCAGAACACUUCGUAUUCGUAUGAAGGAAUGGAGAUUAACAGCCUGCCGGUGGAGCUGACGGUCGUGUGGAACGGGAAUUUCAACAUUGACAACCCAGCACAGAACAAAGUUCACCUGUACAAGUGCGGGGCCAUGCGGGACAGCUGCGGACUGUGCCUGAAAGCCGACCCGGACUUCGAGUGUGGCUGGUGCGAGGGGCAGAACCAGUGCACGCUGAAGCAGCACUGCCCAGCCCAGGACAGCCAGUGGCUGGAGUUGUCCAGCACCAAGGGAAAAUGCACCAACCCCAAGAUCACGGAUAUCAAUCCAGUGACCGGCCCUCGUGAAGGAGGGACCAAAGUGACCAUCCGUGGAGAGAACCUGGGGCUGGAGUUCAGAGAUAUUGCCUCUCACGUCAAAGUGGCUGGAGUGGAAUGCAAACCGCUGGUGGAAGGGUACAUCCCAGCAGAGCAGAUAGUAUGUGAGAUGGGGGAGGCCAAGCCCAGCCAGCAUGCCGGAUUCGUGGAAAUCUGCGUGGCUGAAUGCAAACCAGAGUUCAUGGCCAGGUCUUCACAGCUCUACUACUUUAUGACUCUGACGCUCUCUGAUCUCAAGCCCAAGCGGGGACCAGUGUCGGGUGGCACCCAGGUGACAAUUACAGGCAACAACCUGAAUGCGGGCAGCAAUGUCAUCGUGACCUUCGGGCGACAACCCUGCCUCUUCUACAGGAGGUCCACCAAGCACAUUGUCUGUAACACCACUGCCUCAGAUGAAGGCUUUGAGAAGGUGAAGGUGUCUGUGAGAGUGGACAAGGCCAAGAUACAUCAGGAGUUGCAAUAUGAAUAUGUAGAGGAUCCAACCAUCCUGAGGAUCGAGCCUGAGUGGAGCAUCUUCAGUGGCAACACACCCAUUGCCGUGUGGGGAACUCACCUAGACCUGAUCCAAAACCCUCAGAUCCGGGCAAAGCACGGUGGAAAGGAACACGUCAAUAACUGUGAGGUGCAGAACAGCACAGAGAUGACCUGCCAGGCUCCAGCACUGGCUGUUGACCCCAGUCACCAGUCGGAGCUCGCCGAGCGUCCAGAAGAGUUUGGCUUCAUUCUUGACAACGUGCAGUCCCUUCUCAUCCUCAACAAAACCAACUUCACCUACUACCCAAACCCGAUCUUUGAGGUUUUCAAUCCCUCGGGGAUCCUGGAGCUGAAGCCGGGGAGUCCUAUCAUACUGAAGGGCAAGAACCUGAUCCCACCAGUGGCAGGAGGGAAUGCCAAGCUGAACUACACCGUUUUGGUUGGUGAGAAGCCCUGUGCAGUGACCGUAUCGGAUGUGCAGUUACUCUGUGAGUCACCAAACCUCAUUGGACGGCACAAGGUGAUGGCUCGUGUAGGAGGGAUGGAGUUCUCCCCAGGGAUGGUCUACAUCUCUCCAGACAGCCCUCUCAGCUUGCCAGCUAUUGUCAGCAUUGCGGUGGCCGGUGGCCUGCUCAUCAUCUUCAUCGUGGCUGUGUUGAUUGCCUACAAGCGCAAAUCCAGGGAAAGUGACCUCACCCUCAAGCGUUUGCAGAUGCAGAUGGACAACCUGGAGUCCAGGGUGGCACUGGAGUGCAAAGAAGCCUUUGCAGAGCUACAGACAGACAUUCAUGAGCUGACAAGUGAUCUGGAUGGAGCCGGGAUCCCUUUCCUCGAUUACCGAACCUACACCAUGAGGGUGCUUUUCCCUGGGAUUGAAGAUCAUCCAGUCCUGAGGGAUCUGGAGGUCCCUGGCUAUAGGCAGGAACGGGUGGAGAAAGGCCUGAAGCUCUUCGCCCAGCUCAUCAACAACAAGGUAUUAUUCAUCCGCACGCUGGAGUCCCAACGCAGCUUCUCCAUGCGGGACCGUGGUAACGUGGCCUCGCUGAUCAUGACGGUGCUGCAGAGCAAGCUGGAGUAUGCUACUGAUGUCCUCAAGCAGCUCUUGGCUGACCUCAUAGACAAAAAUCUGGAGAGCAAGAACCACCCUAAACUGCUCCUCCGGAGGACAGAGUCUGUGGCUGAGAAAAUGCUCACCAACUGGUUCACCUUCCUUCUGUACAAGUUCCUCAAGGAGUGUGCUGGUGAACCUCUGUUCUCCCUUUUCUGUGCCAUCAAGCAGCAGAUGGAAAAGGGUCCCAUUGACUCGAUCACUGGGGAGGCCCGGUACUCACUGAGUGAGGACAAGCUUAUCCGACAGCAGAUUGACUACAAGACACUGGUCCUGAGCUGCGUGAACCCCGACAACGUGAACAGCCCUGAGAUCCCAGUGAAGAUCCUGAACUGUGACACCAUCACACAGGUCAAGGAGAAGAUCCUCGACGCCAUCUUCAAGAACGUGCCCUGCUCCCACCGGCCCAAAGCUGCUGAUAUGGACUUGGAGUGGCGGCAAGCAAGUGGGGCAAGAAUGAUCCUUCAGGAUGAAGACAUCACAACCAAGAUAGAGAAUGACUGGAAGAGACUCAACACGCUGGCACACUAUCAGGUGCCGGAUGGAUCUGUGGUAGCUUUAGUCUCCAAGCAAGUCACUGCCUACAAUGCAGUCAACAACUCCACGGUCUCCCGGACGUCAGCCAGCAAGUAUGAAAACAUGAUCCGUUACACAGGCAGCCCAGACAGCCUCCGUUCCCGCACACCCAUGAUCACCCCUGACCUUGAGAGUGGAGUCAAGAUGUGGCACUUGGUGAAGAACCAUGAGCAUGGUGACCAAAAAGAGGGUGACCGGGGCAGCAAGAUGGUGUCUGAGAUCUACCUGACAAGGCUACUUGCCACCAAGGGCACCCUCCAGAAAUUUGUAGAUGACCUCUUUGAGACCAUCUUCAGCACCGCUCACCGUGGCAGUGCACUGCCCCUGGCUAUCAAAUACAUGUUCGAUUUCCUGGAUGAGCAGGCUGACAAGCACAACAUCCAUGACCCCCACGUGCGGCACACCUGGAAGAGCAAUUGCCUGCCGUUACGGUUCUGGGUGAACAUGAUCAAGAACCCGCAGUUCGUCUUCGACAUCCACAAGAACAGCAUCACGGAUGCCUGCCUCUCCGUAGUGGCUCAGACUUUCAUGGACUCCUGUUCGACCUCAGAGCACCGUCUGGGCAAAGACUCACCCUCCAACAAGCUUCUCUAUGCCAAGGACAUCCCCAGCUACAAGAACUGGGUGGAAAGGUACUACUCAGACAUCGCCAAAAUGCCAGCAAUCAGCGACCAGGACAUGAACGCGUACUUGGCUGAGCAGUCUCGUAUGCAUAUGAACGAGUUCAACACCAUGAGUGCGCUCUCAGAGAUAUACUCCUACGUUGGCAAGUACAGCGAGGAGAUUCUCGGAGCCCUUGAUCAAGACGACCAGGCUGGGAAACAGAAACUUGCCUACAAACUUGAACAAGUCAUAACCCUCAUGAGCAUAGACAGCUGA